GUAGACACCUUCCAUUGCCACCGCUCCUAGAUUCAAGGAAGCGGCAUUCUCCGCCUCCCCUCCUCCGCCAAUCAAAUCAUAUCCACAUGCUCCCUUCCAUCAGUUCCUUACUAAAGAAUUUUAAUUUAUGCACUUUCAUUUCCCAGAUUUGAAUAUAAAAAAUCUUCAAUUAUUUAUCAAAUCCUCUUCUGCAUUGUAUCAAACACUUGAUAAACACACCUAAAUAUUUGCCUUUAUAAACCCACUGCCACUCCACUGUUUUCACAAAGCCAUUUCACCUCUCCGAACCACCAGAGAAAAAAAGAAAAAGAUGGGUCUGUUUCAAUCUUCAGCAGCCAUGUUCAUGUUCAUGUUAUUGUGUUUCACUUUGUCCUCAGCCUCGGAGAUGUCGAUCAUAUCUUAUGAUCAGAAUCAUGGUACCAAAUCCAGCUGGAGGACUGAUGAAGAGGUCGUGGCUAUCUACGAGGAGUGGCUGGUGAAGCACGGAAAGGUCUACAAUGCUCUGGGAGAGAAAGAGAGGAGGUUUGAGGUUUUUAAAGAUAAUCUGAGGUUUAUUGAUGAGCAUAACUCGGAGAAUCGCACCUACAGAGUCGGGUUGAAUCGGUUUGCUGAUCUCACCAAUGAGGAGUAUCGAUCCAUGUACCUAGGGCUCCGUGGUGGUAUUAAAAGGAACAGGUUGCGUAAAACCAGUAAUCGCUAUGCUCCACUGGUCGGCGACUCGUUGCCGGAUUCCGUUGAUUGGAGAAAGGAAGGUGCCGUCGUCGCCGUCAAAAACCAAGGACAAUGUGGGGGUUGCUGGGCUUUCUCAACCAUUGCUGCUGUGGAAGGGAUCAACAAGAUCGUCACCGGCGACCUGAUCUCUCUAUCUGAGCAAGAAUUGGUGGAUUGUGAUAUAUCUUAUAAUGAAGGAUGUAAUGGAGGUCUAAUGGACAAAGCCUUUGAGUUCAUCAUCAACAACGGUGGCAUUGAUUCUGAAGAAGAUUACCCUUACCUUGCUCGUGGUGGCAGAUGCGACACAAACAGGAAAAAUGCCAGAGUUGUUACAAUUGAUGACUAUGAAGAUGUUCCUGUGAAUGAUGAGGCGGCUCUGAAGAAGGCAGUUGCAAAUCAGCCAGUGAGUGUUGGAAUUGAAUCAGGUGGCAUGGAUUUCCAGUUUUACACAUCGGGUGUUUUCUCGGAAAGAUGUGGGACUGAAUUGGAUCAUGCUGUUGUUGCUGUGGGGUAUGGAACAGAAAAUGAAAAAGACUAUUGGAUUGUGAGGAACUCGUGGGGAAGUAACUGGGGAGAAAAUGGCUAUAUCAGGAUGGCUCGAAAUAUUGACAAGCCAACAGGGUUAUGUGGAAUUGCAAUGGUGGCUUCUUACCCUAUCAAGAAAGGCCAAAAUCCUCCCAAUCCUGGUCCAUCUCCACCAUCUCCAAUAGGACCUCCAAAUGUUUGUGAUAGUUACUAUAGCUGUCCUGAAAGCAACUCUUGUUGCUGCCUCGUUGAGUCUGCCAACCUCUGCUUAGAAUGGGGAUGUUGCCCGCUUGAGGAUGCUACUUGCUGUGAUGACCAUGAUAGUUGCUGCCCACAUGACCAUCCCAUCUGCAAUGUUAGCCAGGGAACCUGCUUAAUGAGCAAGGACAAUCCAUUAGGAGUGAAGGGAAUGAGGCGCACUCCUGCUAAGCCUCACUGGGCUGUUGGAGCUCAAGCCAAGAAGAGCAGUGCUUAGGCAAAAAUUAAGUCCUUGAAGCAAUGAAUGAUAGAAUAUGAGGAAAGAUUAGAGGAUCACAUCAGUGGUUGACGCUCUCCGCCUGUUAUGUACAAAGAUAUAUCGAUCAGCUUGCAAUAUCCACUGUAAAUAGCGUCAUCAUUAGCAAAUAUGGUUCUGAUGAUUUGGUUUGUCAUCCGUUGGUGCUUGUAGUUUGAAAGUAUCAUAUAAAGUUUAUCUUUAUAUGAGACAAAGUUUGCAAAAUUGCCCUCCUUUUGAUGUUCAAUUACAAAAUGUAUUGCAUCUCCAGGAGUGAAUGGUUGCAGAUCUUAUCCAUCAAAAGGGCAAAGCCAUUCCAUAAUAGUGAAUGGUUCUGCCUUGAGCGUUCUUUCAGUAACCACGAUGCAGACUCUAAGUUUAUUAGAAUUUGCUUCAAUUUGCUUGGCUUAUUUUUAAAGUAGACGUAUAUUUGGAAUGCUCUAAACGUAAGUUCUUUAGUUUUCCA